AUGUUGCUGACCAAAUUUAAUUUAUUAUUAUGGAAGAAUUGGAUUCUAGUCAAGCGGCAUCCUAUAGCCGCAAUUUUUGAGCUCGUUUUUCCAAUCCUAAUAAUAAUGCUGUUCGCUGGGAUCCGAAACCUAAUUGAAAAAGUAGUCGUACCUGCAACACCCAGCACAGAAUACAAAAUCAGUGACGCCCGCUGUUCACUUUCUUAUAAUAAAAUUAGGUAUCUUGGAUAUGCACCGAAUAACACUUACUACAGCGAAUUAAUGGAUGAUGUUGUUAAAAACAUUGAAAUGGAACUGAUUGGAUUUGAAAAUUUGACAGAAUUAAACAAAUGGACGCAUAAUCAAAGUGAACCUGUGGCUGGAGUUUUAUUCGAAGACACUUCUUCAGUUCCUCCGAAGCAUCUCAAUUACACAAUAAAAAUGCCUGAAGAUUUGAUAUUUCAUGAAACUUGGGAUACUGAUAAGCUGUAUUAUGUUGGACUGUCAGCUAAUCAAAGAGACAAUAGCUAUUCAAUUAAAAAUUCCUUGUACUUCUCAACAUGUUUUCUAAAGCUCCAGAAUGAGAUUGAUCAGGCAUUCAUGAGGACAGUUAAUAAUGGUUCUAAAGUUGAGAAAUUAAAGACAAUAAAGACCUUUCCAUAUCCAGAAGUAGAAGUUGAUGUUUUCGUGAAUUAUGCUGCAUAUGGAUUCCCAAUUUUGUUUGUCUUGUCAAUGAUAUUCUCAGCUAAAGUCUUGAUUAAGAACAUAACAAUCGAACGUGAGUCACGUUUAACAGAAUCAAUGAAAAUAAUGGGAUUGUCGAGUGCUUUAUACUGGUCAUCAUGGUUCAUGCGUAGCUUCAUCAUUCUCAUCAUUUCCUUCACAAUUAACCUCAUCUUGACAGUCACAAGCAUCAUUUCGGAUAUUCCAAUGUUUGCCAACAGCAAUCCACUCAUCAUUUGGCUCUUUUUCAUCUCAUACAUCACAUCCAUGAUCACAUUCUGCUUCCUUGUCAGUGUCAUCUUCAAAAAGUCAUCACGUGCUGGAAUUGUUGGCUCAAUUGUCUUUAUUGCCACUGUUCUGCCUUACAUGAUGUAUCAUGAUAGCUUUUAUAGGUUUGGAUAUGGACUGAAAGUGCUGUUCUGCAUGCUGACUAACACAAACAUGGGUCAGGGCAUUAAAAUGAUUCUUAUGGCUGAAAUUAAUGACGAUGGAGUUGGAUUUGCGAACCUGUUUAAGAGAUCUGUUGACUUGAAGUUCUCGUUUGGUGAAUUGCUGGUCUGGAUGAAUAUUGGAAGUGCCAUUCUGAUGCUGUUGACCAUUUACAUUGAGAAGGUCUUUCCUGGAGAGUUUGGACUUUCAAAACCUUGGUAUUUCCCAAUCAGCGAUGCUUUUAAAUUAAUACAUAAGAAAUUCAGGACUCAGCCUGUUGAUUCCAAUUUAGAAUCUGAAGAGUUUUUGGCUGACCAAGAAGCAGUUCCGUCAAAUUUGGCUGUUGGAAUUGAGAUAAAGAAGUUAUGUAAAAGAUUUGGUGAUAAGUAUGCAGUCAAGAACUUCUCAUUGAAGCUGUAUGAGAACCAGAUAACGGUUCUAUUGGGUCACAAUGGAGCUGGCAAGACGACAGCAAUGUCAAUGCUGACUGGACUAUACCAACCAACAUCAGGUACUGCAGUCAUUAAUGGACAUGAUAUUAAGACUAAUAUAGAUGAUGCUAGAAUGUCUCUUGGUGUCUGUCCUCAGCAUGAUGUUCUAUUUGAGGAACUGACAGUCCAAGAACAUUUGGAGUUCUUCUGUAAGCUUAAAGGAAUGACUGACAAAAGCAACAUCCAGGGGGAUAUCCACAAGUACACAAAUCUACUUGGAAUAUCUGAGAAAUUAAAUUCAGAAAGUAGAACACUAAGUGGUGGACAGAAGAGAAGACUGUCGAUUGCCAUUGCACUUUGUGCCGAUUCCAAGUUUGUCAUUAUGGACGAAGCCACAUCAGGCAUGGAUCCAUCAUCACGUCGACAUUUGUGGGACUUGCUGAUUGCUGAGAAGAAGAAUCGAACAAUUUUAAUCACAACUCAUUUUAUGGACGAAGCUGAUGUCCUUGGUGACCGAAUAGCAAUCAUGUCCGAAGGUCAAUUAAGAACAGUCGGUUCCUCGUUCUUUCUUAAGAAGACAUUCGGAACUGGAUAUAGAUUGACUUGUGUUAAGCAAGCUGGAUUUGAUUCUAAAGUUGUUCUGGAUAUGAUUAAGGAGAUUAUACCGACAGCGUUAAAAGAAUGUGAAGGAGAGACCGAAGCUAUAUUUGUUCUUGAAAAGGACAGCUUGCCAAUUUUUGAUCAUGUCUUUAAGAAGCUUGAAGACAAUUCAGAAAAGUUGAAGAUUUCAAGCUUUGGAUGCAGUUUUACAUCACUUGAAGAUGUUUUUCUGAAAUUAGCUCACAGUGACCUUGGAAGUCCAGCAUGCAUCAGAAACGACUCUACAGCUAUAGAAGUUGAGGUUCACAAGGACUUCCAAAAGAUUGAUGGAAUGACUGGAAUUUUGUAUCAAAUUUACGCAAUGAUUUUCAAAAAAAUUCAUGUAAUUCGACGAUCUUGGAUGAUGUUCUUGAUUCUUGGGAUCUUGUCAUUUGUGGCUAUAUUUUUGAUACCUAAAAUGUUGGAAAUUAAGCCUUAUGAGCCAUCGGAACUGAAUAUUUCAUUUGAUACUUACGAGAAAACUGAAACAUUAAUUGACAUCAGGCAGAACUCAAGUUUUUUGACUCAAUACGAAAGUUUAUUCCAUGGAAAGGACAUAGUCACAAAAGUGUCUGAGGACAUUGAAGAUCACAUCAUCAAAAAAUCCAAAAAAUCAAUCGGAACAGUCAACCAUGACAAUCUAAUUGCAUUGUCCGUUGAUAACAGCAGAAUCAUUGCCUGGUUCAAUACACAGCCAUACCACACCAUGCCACUGACUAUCAACACAGUCAAUCGAGCUAUUCUCAAAUCUGUUGGUGGCAGUGACUACGACAUAUCAUUGACUAAUCAUCCAUACGAGAAGUCUAACAAUAAAUUGGAUUUUAUUAAGGAUGUGGCAAGCUCGUUAGGGAAUUUCGUGCUUAACUUUAUUGUUAUUCUAUUCCUGUUAAUUAUUUGGCCGAUGAUUUAUAUUGGACACUACAUUAAAGAACGUGAAAUGAGAUUUAAGUUCCUUCAAUUCAUCUGCAGCACUAAUCGACUCGUCUUUUGGUUCACAAACUUAAUCUUUGACUACAUUUUAUUCAUUCUCAUCUGUUUGGUGCUGUUUGGAUGCAUUGUGUGCUUAAAUUAUGAUAAGGAACAACAGUUGGAAGAGUUUAAGAUUUUAAUGACUAUUGGAAGUUCUUUUGGAUUCUCAUGGAUAUGCUUCAUCUAUGCUUUUUCAUAUUUAUUCAGUAAACCAUCAUCUGGAGAGACUAUGUUGCUGUUUACGUCGAUUAUUUUGUGCAUCUUAUCAGCAAUUGACUACGCCCUUCAAGCUGGACUUAAAAACCCAUUGUACAAGUUCUUGGCUAAUAUUUAUCAUUGGAUUGGAAUGAUGUUCGCUCCAUUUACUUUGGUUAAGAUUAACACUAUUGUCAGUGCUUCUGCGAGGCCAUUCGAAUACUCUAAAAUAGAAAACUAUAUUAUUUUGAAUAUCAUGUCAGGCUGCAUCUUCCUUUUAAUCGUUCUCCUAAAUGAUUAUAACUUGUUUGCCUUCAUUUUUUACAAAACAACUAAACCAGCAAAUGCAUUCAGUGCUAUCCAAAAUUAUGACGAUGAUGUUCAAAAAGAAAUUCAAGAAGUACACAAUAUGUCAAGUCAGAGCAUUGACACAUCCAAUCUUGUCCUCAAGAAUUUAAUCAAAACUUAUAAAAACAAUUUUGCUGUCCGUGAUCUGUCAUUAAAUGUCAAACAGCAUGAAUGCUUUGGUCUACUUGGUGUCAAUGGAGCUGGAAAGACAACAACAUUCAAGAUGAUGACUGGAGAUGAGCUAAUUACUUCUGGUGACAUUUGGAUUAAAGGGAAGUGCCUGAAAACUCAACUUCUUGAAGCUCACAAGUUCAUCGGUUACUGUCCACAAUUUGACAAUUGCAUACCUGAACUGACUGGACGUGAAACUUUGAAGAUAUUUGCAUUGAUCCGUGGCAUCAAAAUGGAUGAAAUUACAGAAAUGAUCAACCAAAUAGCAAGUGAACUUGACUUUAAACAGCAUUUGGACAAGCAAGUUAAAGCUUACAGCGGUGGAAAUAAAAGAAAACUGUCGACUGCCUUAGCACUGCUUGGAAAUCCAGAAUUGAUCUUCUUGGAUGAAUGCACAACAGGAGUCGAUCCACAAGCUCGUCGUCAAAUUUGGAAUGCAAUCAAGCGAAUCCGUGACAAUCAUCGACUUUCAUCCUCAAUUGUAAUCACAUCUCAUUCCAUGGAUGAAUGUGAAGCUUUGUGUACAAGAAUUGGCAUCAUGGUUGCCGGUCAGUUCCAAUGUCUUGGUCCAGUUCAACAUUUAAAGAAUAAAUUCUCAAAAGGCUUCGUCUUGACAAUCAAAACUGGAUUUACUGAUGAAAAUUUGACUGAAAAAGUCAAGCAAAAAAUUGUUGAGAAAUUCAGAAGUGCGGAACUGAAAGAAAAUUAUUUGGACAUUCUGACUUAUCAUUUGAAGAACAUUGAUUUGAAAUAUUCGGAAGUAUUCAGGAAGUUGGCAGAAAUUAAGAAUGAAAUGGGAAUCAAAGAUUAUGCAUUGACACAAAUGUCACUUGAACAAGUUUUCUUGAAUAUUAGUCAGAAUUAA